GGAUUUUCAACCACCAAUCCAAGAUGAGGACAAGCGUAGACAGAUAAAUGGAUGAAGGGAUAGUUCGAAAAAGUAAAUAAGAGCUUGUUAUUGUACACCAUGUGUCAUUUUUAAAUACUGUGGAGGUAUAUUAAUUUAUGUGACACUCGGAUUAUAUGUAUUUGAAUAAUUUUAUAUGUGCGUUUGUGGAGAUGAAGUCAAGUCUUGUAUUUCAUAAACCCUUGAUUGAUUUGGAGGCACAAGCACUGUAUUCUCAUACACGUUUUACGCAUGAUGUUGAGCUUGAAAGACGUCUGUGAAGACAGAAAUACUAACAGUAUUUAGCGAAUGUUGGUUGAAAGUAGAAAUUCCGACCUUUUUAUUUCCCGUAAAUGCACCAGUUGUAUUUCGAGGCAGACGUAGAAAACUAGCUUAGCUUAGCCAACGACAGAAGCAGAAAUUCAAAGGUUUAUAGCGGCUUUAUAAAGUCGCCCGGAAGCGAGACACGAUGAGUGAGCAACUCAAAUUUAUUGUCGAACAAUUGAACAAAGACCCGUUCAGGAAAAACUUUAAUCUCAUCACAUUUGACUCCCUGGAACCGAUGCAACUGCUCCAGAUCUUAAAUGACGUUUUAGCUGAAGUAGACGCAAAGCAAGCUAUUGAUAUUCGCGAGGAAAUGCCCGAACAAACUGCGAAGAGAAUGUGUGCUCUACUUGGGAUGCUGAAAUACAAACCGCCUGGCAACCAGUCGGAUCUGAGCAGCUUCAGACAAGGUCUUGUGGUUGGCAGCAAACCUGCUGUCCAUCCCAUCUUGCAUUGGCUGCUGCAGAGGGUCCCAGAACUGAAGAAGAGGGCUUAUUUAGCUCGCUUUCUUGUUAAACUUGAUGUUCCCGCAGAGUUCCUGGCGGACGACGUUAUCAGUGAUACAUAUCACCAGUAUGAAGAACUGGUGGAAGGAUUUAAGACCAGUCAUAAGGAAUGUGAGCAGCUCAGGACAUCAGGCUUUUCCACAGCAGAAAUCAGAAGGGACAUAAGUGCAAUGGAGGAAGAGAAGGGCCCAUUAAUUAAACGUGUGGAAAGGUUGAAAAAGAGGGUGGAGUCAGUGUCCAACCAUCAACAGAUGCUGGAGCAAGCCAGACAGCUGAGAGUUGAAAAGAAGAGAGAAGAGCAUUUGGCCAACCAGAAGCAAGAACAAAAGAACCAACUGUUUCAGGCAGAGCAGAGACUGCAGAGGUUGCAACAACAGUUAAAGGACAUGAGACAGGCUGCAGCUGAUGCCAGUCCAGAUAGUUUAAUGAAGAGGCUUGAAGAGGAGAUCAAGAUAAAUUCCUACAUGGUGUCUGAGAAACUCCCUAAAGAACUGGAAGUCCUCAGGCGUACUGUUCAGUACCUUCAGAAAGUGGCAUCAGAACCCGCCAUGGGUCACGGUGAUCUCCUGGAGCUGGGAGAGAAGAUUAAAGAAGUUGACUCUCAGAUAAACCAGCUGAUUGAGAAGAAAAUGAUGAGAAGUGACCCAAUAGAUGAUAAGCUGACCCUUUACAGGCAGCAGGCCUCUAUCAUCAUCCGUAAGAAGGAAGCAAAAGCUGAAGAGCUUCAGGAAGCGAGGGAGGAGUUAGCAGCUGCAGAGCGGGAGCUGAAACACAGGACCAACCAGGAAAUGGCCUCCAAUGGGGAACAGGUCAUCCGGGGCGAUGAGUUAAAACGUUUGGUGGCAAAACUGCGGAGCAAGGGUACUGUAUACAAGAAGAAACGUCAAGAGAUUGCAGAAUUGAAAGCAGAGUAUGGUGUUCUCCAACGGACAGAGGAGAUUCUCAAGCAAAGGCAUGAGGCUGUACAAGAGAAACUGCAAACCGUGGAAGCUGAGAAGGGUAUCUCUGGCUACAGUAACACCCAGGAAGAACUAGAGAGGGUGUCAGCCAUCAAGAGUGAGCUAGAUGAAAAGAAGGGACGCACAUUGGAUGACAUGUCUGAAAUGGUGAAACAAUUGAAUUCAAUGAUCGCGGAGAAGAAGUCGGCUGUUGCUCCAAUUAUCAAAGAGCUGAGGUCACUAAGGCAGCAGUGUCAGGUAUUAAAUCAGGAAUAUGAAGAAAAGAAAUCCCAGUACGAAAGUUGUGCUGCUGGUCUUGAUAGUAACAGAUCUAAAUUGGAGCAGGAGGUGAAAUCAUUGAGAGAGGAGACAGCACAGGAAGAAAAUAGAUAUCAUUACAUCAACUGCAAGUCAGAGAUUAUUGAGAUGCAAAUACAGCGCGCAGCGGAGGAGAUGAAGGCCUAUGUGUCCUCUGAUGUUCAGGAGAGAAAAAAAGCCAUCAGGGAAGCGUACAUGAAGAACAUUGCCGAGCAAGAGUUACUUGGCAAGAAGUUACGUGAGAAGCAGAAGCUGGUGAGGGAGAGCCACAGUGCUAACAUGGAGCAGAUGAAGAUGUGGCAAGACUUGGAGCAGCUGAUGGAGUGUAAGAGACAGUGCUUCAUAACAAAGCAGAAUGAGGCAUCUGUUGGUCAGGUCAUACAAGAAGGAGGAGAGGAUAGGCUCGUGCUGUGAGGGCUGACCUAAUUUAUAUAUGAACACAUGCUUUAAAUCUACACUGCUGGCCAAAAGUAUUGGCACCCCUGCAAUUCUGUCAGAUAAUGCUCAAUUUCUCCCAGAAAAUGAUGGCAAUUACAAAUGCUUUGGUAGUAAUAUGUUCAUUUAUUUUGCUUGCAAGAAAAACACUAAAGAGAAUGGGGGAAAAAAAUUAAAUCAUUAUCAUUUUCCACAAAACUCCAAAAAAUGGGCCGGAACUAUUGGCAUGCUCAGCCUAAUACUUGGUAGCACAACCUUUAGACAAAAUAACUGCGAACAACCGCUUCCGUUAUCCAUCAGUGAGUUUCUUACAAUGCUCUGCUGGAAUUUUAGACCAUUCUUCUUUGGCUAAAUGCUCCAGGUCUCUGAGAUUUGAAGGGUGAUUCUCCAACUGCCAUUUUCAGAUCUCUCCACAGGUCUUCUAUGGGAUUCAGGUUUGGACCCAUUGCUGGCCACUUUAGAAGUCUCCAGUACUUUCUCUCAAACCAUUUUGUAGUGCUUUUUGAAGUGUGUUUUGGGUCAUUGUCCAGCUGGAAGACCCAUGACCUCUGAGGGCGACCCAGCUUUAUUAUGCUACAUUAUGCUGCAAAAUAUGUUACUAGUCUUCAGACUUGCCAUGCACACGAUCAACCAGUCCAGUGCCAGAGGCAGCAAAGCAACCCCAAAACAUCAGGGAACCUCCACGAUGUUUGCUGUGGGGACUGUGUUCUUUUCUUUGAAGGCCUCAUUUUUCCCCAGUAAACUGUAUGGUGAUGCUUUUUCCCAAAAAGCUCUACUUUUGUCUUAUCUGACCAAAGAACAUUCUUCCAAGACAUUUUUGGCUUUCUCAGGUAAGUUUUGGCAAACUCCAGUCGGCUUUUUUAUGUCUGUCUGCCUGUCUUUCUGGGUAUCCUACCAUAGAGUCCCUGUUCAUUCAGACGCCGGCGGAUAGUACAGGUUGACACUGUUGUGCCCUCGGACUGCAGGACAGCUUGAACUUGUAUGGAUGUUAGUCGAAGUUCUUUAUCCACCAUCCGCACAAUUUUUCAUUGAAAUCUCUCAUCAAUUUUUCUUUUCUGCCCACACCUAGGGAGGUUAGCCACAGUGCCACGGGCUUUACGCUUAUUGAUGACACUGCACACGGUAGACACAGGAACAUUCAGGUCUUUGGAGAUGGACUUGUGGCCUUGAGAUUGCCCAUGCUUCCUCACAAUUUUGCUUUUCAAGUCCUCAGACAGUUCGUUGAUCUUAUUUCUUUUCUCCGUGCUCAAUGUGGUACACACAAGGACACAGGUCAGAGAUUGAUUCAACUUUAAUCCAUUUUAACUGGCUGCAAGUGUGAUUUAGUUAUUGCCACCACCUGUUUUGUGCCACAGGUAAGUAACAGGUGCUAUUCAUUACACAAGUUAGAGAAGCAAAAGGGUGCCAGUACUUUUGUACGGCCCGUAUUUGAGUUUUGUGUAAAAUUAUGAUUUUUUUUUUCCAUUCUCUUUUGUGUUUUUUCAUUGCAAGCAAAAUAAACGAAGAUACUACUACCAAAGCAUUUGUAAUUGCAAUCGUUUUUGGGAGAAAUUAAGCAUUAUCCGACAGAAUUGCAGGGGUGCCAAUACUUUUGGCCAGCAGUGUUUAUGUGUAAUGAAAAUGCCUUACUAGCACUAUUUCAAUGUAAUGGGAAAUCAAAACUGGAACAGUUGGUUACGGUUUUCUUUCAUGAGGCGCUCAGCAGUAUGUUUUGUGAUAUGGUUUGAUUUAUUUGCCUUCCCACUAGGUUUUUUAAUACAUUGUUGUCUUUCAAUAUACUUUAAAUCUAAGUGUACAGCAAUAGCAGCACACAAAUCGUUGGCCAACGUCCACUAUUUAUAGCAGGAAUACAUGACCUUGGACUGUGGUUCUCACCAAUUUUGGAGAUAGCUGUAGCCAGAUAGAAUUAAUGUUUUUCAAGAAAUGCAUCAUGUUUGUUUAAUGUAGUGAAGUAAUCAUUUUUAUUUUGACUGAUAAACAUUCCUGUUGUUUUAGUUUUGACAGCUGUUUAUGGUUAACAUUAGAGUGUGGAAUCCAAAACACAUUUCAGUUUUUCUCUAUCAGGUCAGUUUUUUCUCUGCAGCGUACCUAGCUGGUAUGUCACUACUACAUGCACAUAACUAGCCAAAUGUUUUAUAAAACAUAAUGGUGUUAAGUAAACAUUGCACUUAUUUGUUUCUUUUGUAUUUCAUUAUAUAUCGAUAUUUGAUUUUUUUUUUUAUUGAUAUUUCUUUGAAUAAAAUUAACACAUAUGUAUACGGUAAGUACAAUAAGGGGGAAAAAACUUGCCCUGAUUAAGAAAACACAACAGUUUUGGAUUCGCACUCAAAAAUUGUCAGACCUAAGUCAACAAAAAUCAUGUUCCUAAGUAUAAUGUAAAAGAAUGUUAGACUUUGACUUUUGUAAUA